UGACGUAGUUGACGAUGCUGUGGUAGGACAGCAAGAACUUCUUCAUCAUCUUCUCCUUCCUCCCACUUCUUAAUUCUGAAUUCUUAGCAAACAGAACCCAAAUAUCUUCGACUUGAACGUCUUAUAAACAUAUACAUGUGACCAAAACUGACAGCAGACUAUACUAAUCCUCACUGAUCCGCUUGCCCCUUCAACAUGGCCACGCAAUCGGAGACCACACAGACUACUAAUGAGCUCUUGCAACACUUGAUUGCCGAAGUGAGAUGCUUGAAAGAAUCUCAGACUUCACUGGAGUUGAAAUUGGAGACAUUAGGUUUAUCCUUUCCUUCGCAGUACCCAUCUCAAUCGAACAUUAAACCUCAUGCGACGGGCGGAUCUUCUAGCUCUCCUACUGAGCCACAGCGUCCUUCUUCCGACUCAAGACCCCUUCCUAUGCCUCUGAGUCUGAGUCCAUCAACUUCGAGAUCCUCAUCCAAAUUGCCUAAGCGGGGCAGUGCAUUUGAGGAUGAGGGAAGUUUGAGAGAGAAGGCAAAAUUCGUCGAGUGGAUGAAGACUGAGGGCGCCUUGCUUGGUGUCGACAAUCAAUCAUCCGACAUGGUCACCAAACCAGUCACCAUCUACCCUCAGCGAUUAAUCUUGACAACCUACCCUGGACAAACUGGUAUAAUUCCCAUUCCCCUGGAAUGGGGGGCCGACGACCCUCAGAAGAGAGGACCGGUGGUUGCGAGUAGACAUCCUCAAAGCUUGAAACUUCGAAAUGCGAUCGGAGCUUACUCUGGGCCGUAUUGUAUAUACAAAGCGCUCGCUACCGCCAUCGGUGCAAUAGACCCUAAUCAUCGACCUGAUUUUACAAACACCCAGCCCCCAUUCGCCGUCGCCCCUAAUCCUUCGUGGUUCGAUCCUUCAAGGAUUGUCAGUAUGGAUCCGUGGGGGCACCUUGCUCCCCAGUUAUUCAAGUCUUACUUCGAUUCUGGAGUAGAUAUCAGGCCCACUGUUGCAUGUACUAAGGCGCACUUGAAGCUCGCCGAACUUGAUGAAUCGGUAGCUCAAGGAAACCUUUUAAUCGAUGGGAAGAUCGUAGUGAAAUCACCGGGUACUUGGGCUGAAAAGGCCGCACAGACUUCCGUAGAAUCUACCGGUGGUAAAUGGGAGGCACUCUCGGAGGAAGAACGUCACCUACUGACCUCUAAACGAGCUGGAGUUGAAGUUCAGGUUACCAAGGCUGCGGUUGAACCAGUGUGGAAUUUACCCGGCGUGGCCGCCCGUUUUGGCAUAUCCGAGGCCAUCCUUCGCCGUGCUCUGUUCGAAGAUACGGGAGGGAUGUACCCUGAACUUUUGACGCGUAGUGAUUUAAAAACCUACCUACCUCCUAUUGGUGGCCUGACCGUUUACAUAUUCGGUGACCCGAACUUCGUCAGCGAUCCGAGCAAGGAGCUUACUUUGCGUGUCCACGAUGAAUGUAAUGGGAGUGACGUAUUUGGAAGCAGUAUUUGUACCUGUCGUCCGUAUUUACUUUAUGGGAUUGAAGAAGCUAUCAAAUGCGCCCAGCGGGGCGGGAGUGGGGUGAUAGUAUACUUCCGCAAAGAAGGAAGAGCACUCGGGGAAGUAACCAAGUAUCUGGUGUACAACGCCCGAAAGCGAGGAGGAGAUUCCGCCGCAUUUUACUUCCAAAGGACUGAGUCAGUUGCAGGAGUUAAGGACAUGCGUUUUCAAGCUCUCAUGCCGGAUGUCUUACAUUGGCUAGGUAUCAAGAAGAUCGAUGUGAUGUGCUCUAUGAGUGACAUGAAGCAUGACGCCAUCGUCCAAUCUGGCAUUCCGAUUUUAUUGAGAAAAGACAUUCCUGAUCACUUAAUUCCAUCCGAUUCUCGAGUAGAGAUCGACGCCAAAAUCGCCGCUGGAUAUUUCUCCGCUUCUAAAGUAGUGACUGAAGAGGAUUUGAAAAACACAGUGGGUCAAAGCUGGGAAGAUGUUGAUCACUAAACUUGGAAGCGGAACACAAAAGAAAAAGCAAGCACGAUAACUGAUUAUUUUUUGUUCGUUGUAUCCCUUCUUCUUAAAUGGUUUCUUUUC